GUGGUGGACCUGCGCAUGCGCGCUUUCGCCGCUCUUUCGCUUUAACUAAUACAAUCGUCCUGUGACAACUUUUAAAGUAUUUAUUUAAUGGAGGUUUUGCACACGACCCGACGCCACUUUGAGUAAACCGACGUAUCUGACAACCGGAAUCCGGAUUGUAAAGACGUGAUUAAAGGGAGAUUAUGGUCGCUGGAGGACUCUCAUAACUGAACUAAAACACACACACACACACACACACACACACUCGGGGGAGGAACCAUGUGGUGGUUCCAGCAGGGUCUGAGCUUCCUGCCGGCAGCGCUGGUCGUCUGGACGGCGGCGGCCUUCGUCUUCGCUUACAUCACAGCGGUGGUGCUGAGGCACGUGGACCCUCUGUUGCCUUACAUCAGCGACACCGGAACGAUGGCACCGGAGAGGUGUCUGUUCGGCAUCAUGCUGGAUGUCUCCGCCUUUUUAGGGAUGGCCACAGUGUACGUGCGUUUCAAACAGGUGGAGGCUCUGACGGGGGACGGCGAGCUCAAGCUGAACCGGCUGAACCGCGUCGGGCUGCUGCUCGGCCUGACCAGCUCCUUCGGGAUGGCCGUGGUCGCCAACUUCCAGAAGACCACGCUGUUCUCCAUGCACCUGGUGGGCGCGGUGCUGACCUUCGGGGUCGGGGCGCUCUACAUCCUGGUCCAGACGCAGCUCUCGCUCCGCAUGCAGCCGCUCCUCCACAGCAGGAACGCCUUCCUGGUCCGGCUCGCCAUCGGGGUCUGGACUCUGGGCAGCAUCGUCAUCAUGUUCGUGUCGUCCGUGGUGAUGUACAGCAGUCUUCCCGGAGUGGACGUCAUUCGCAAACUGCACUGGACUCCAGGAGAGACGGGCUACACGGCUCACAUCAUCAGCACCGUGUCCGAGUGGUCUCUGGCCUUCUCCUUCAUCAGCUUCUUCCUCAGCUACAUCCGAGAUUUCCAGAAAAUUACUUUGCGAGCCGAAGUCGAUUUGCAGAGCGGCCACCUGUACGACACCUGGCCACACGGCGGCGCCGCGGAGUCGACCCUCAAACCCUCCGAGUCGUCUCCGCUGCUGGCGGGAGGAACGUGACCGGCUGCUUCUCACUUCCUCUCCUCCGGCUUGAUGGCCUUUUUAUAAUAAAGACUCUCAAAGCUCGUAAAGGGUCAGUUCACCAAGAAAAGAACAUUCCUUCCCUUUAUCGGAGAGACUUCUGCCUCCACCCCAAAACUACUUUACUCAUAAAUGACUUACUAAUAAAGUGUGUCGUUUUUCAAUUUUGUUCAAACGUGACAAACCUGGACGAAUAAAAUUCAAACUACCUGACUGGGGAGACGAUGGGAUGAGUCCGAAAACCAAAACCAGGCCAAGAUCCCGUUGGUGACGCCAACAUCUGGGUCGGCCUCCAAAGCCGCGGCGAGGAGAACGGAGCGACUCUUCAUGUGUUCUGAUUAAAUGACGGGUUAAACGCAAAAAAUUAUUUAUAUAAGAAAACAGAAAUAAAUGUAAUGUCUUGUUGUGUCGGUGGAUUUAUAUUAUGACUGUUCUCUGACUGCUGCCGCCUCGUUAGCGUAAACAGAGGGAGACGCGCGACUACGUGACGCCGCCGCUUCCCUUCUGGUCCAUGUACUUUGCGUACAGUAGAGAACCACUCAUGGAUAAGGUUACUAGCACCUUGUGGACGAAUGCAUGAGCUGAUGUGGGUCUUCGCCGCUUCACGAAGCCGCUUCACGCCGCCGCUUCACGAAGUCGCUUCACGAAACCACUUCACGCCGCCGCUUCCCUUCUGGUCCAUGUACUUUGCGUACAGUAGAGAACCACUCAUGCAUAAGGUUACUAGCAACUUGUGGACGAAUGCAUGAGCUGAUGUGGGUCUUCACGCCGCCGCUUCACGCCGCCGCUUCACGCCGCCGCUUCCCUUCCGGUUCAUGUACUUUGCGUACAGUAGAGAACCACUCAUGGAUAAAGUUACUAGCACCUUGUGGACGAACGCAUGAGCUGAUGUGGGUCUUCUUUGAUGUUGUCCUCUUUGAUGUGGGUCUUCUUUAUCGUCGCUGCUUCCCGCCUCCGCUUCCGAAAGGUGAAAUAUUUCCCUGGCUGUAGGCUACUUACACAUUUUUUCGCUGAAACAUUAAAGCCACACUGACGCGUUGUGUUGUGACGUCAUCAGAGGGAUCCCGCCAGGCGUUCCAUCUCCAUGGAUACAACAUGGCGCUGCGCACAUUCAAAUGUUAUGAUGUGGCUCUUCUUUAGUAAGUAAUACCAUAAGUAAUACUAUAAGUAAUACUAUUGUUACCAUUAGUAAUAGAGCGUAUUCACGUGACGUCAGAAUCUCAAUCGCGCCAUCUUGGGGUCCCACUUAUUAAAUGUCAGAAGAAGUUGACCUGG